AACUGUAUCAUACGUGAUAAGGCCACAAGCAUACUAAUAAUAACCAACUUGUUUAUUUGAAUCGGUUCUGAGCAGUUUUUCUUCAGUGUCCGUUCACAACUCAAGCCUGCCAUAUUAUUAUUUUUCCCCACCGAUAUUUUGCCAAUAAUAUUAUAUAAGGGACGGAAAAAUAACCCGAGAAGCAAAAUUUACUUUUGGAACCCUUGUGUUCGUUUUAUUCAAGUGCAAACUCAGACAUACUUUUUUUAAUUUCAAACAACGAAGUGCGCAUGACUAUUUUUGUUGCAAUAAUUUGAGUGUUUUUAAAAUGGCGUGCGUCGAUUCACUUCUUUCGCUUACACAAAGGCUCCUCAGACAAAAAAAGACAUGCAGAAAAGUGUUGAGUAUUCAACAUCUCUUGUCUAAAAGGAAUCAGUCAUCUGUAUCGCAUAGAGAUUCGGAUAAGACACAAUGGUACGAAUCUGAAAUCGAUAUCACGUUGUCUAAAUCAUCAAAGUUGAAAGAAAACGGCAUCAACAUCAUAAAAAGCGGAGCCAACAUCAAAUUCGGUACGAUAUUUACAGACCACAUGCUCAAAAUAUCCUACGAUAAACAUGCCGGUGGCUGGCAAAAACCAUACAUUACACCCAUGGAACACCUUAGCUUUCAUCCAGCAGCCAAAGUUCUUCAUUACGCUACUGAGGUGUUUGAAGGCAUGAAAGCUUACAGAUCGGUUCGGGGACACAUGACCUUGUUUAGGCCGGAACUGAACCUCGAGCGGCUUAAUUCGUCGGCCCAACGAGCCGGUCUACCACAAAUCGACGCCGACGUGUUGCUUAAGUACAUCGAACGGCUAAUAAUGAUCGAUAACGAGUGGCUCCCCAUUUCCGCACCACUCAGUUUGUACAUUAGGCCUAACCUGGUCGGCACCGACGGCACCCUCGGGGUCGGAGUGACGGAAAAAGCUUUGCUGUACGUGAUCAUGUGCACGGUUGGUCCAUACUUCUCCAGUAAAUUCAAGUCCGUGCGACUGAUGGCCAAUCCCAACUUUAUCAGAGCCUGGCCGGGAGGCAGUGGCGACAAGAAAAUGGGUGCUAAUUAUGCUUCCGCGUUGUAUCCACAGAAAUUAGCGUUGGAAUGCGGUUGUCAUCAGUUGUUGUGGUUGUUCGGCGAAGACAGACAGAUCACCGAGGCCGGUACCAUGAACGUGUUCAUAUUCUACAAAAAUCAAAACGGAGAAAAAGUAUUGUGUACGCCGCCACUGAACGGACUCAUAUUACCAGGCAUCACCAGACGGACCGUCUUAGACUUAACCCGACAGUGGGACGAAUUCAUUGUCGAAGAGAGAAAUUUCACAAUGGCCGAGCUCAUCGAACUUAACCAGAACAAAAAAUUACUCGAAGUGUUCGGAAGCGGCACUGCUGCGGUUAUCAGUCCAGUGUCAUCUAUACUAUACGAGGGAGAGGAUAUACACCUAACCACUACCGAUUUACCGGACCCUCUACACGUCAGACUAUUCAAAGCCAUAACAGAUAUCCAGUAUGGCAUUAUCGAACACCCAUGGGCUAAGACACUUAACGAGAGACCUCAACUAUGUGAGAAACAAGCGUUUACCAAUUUAUAUUAAUCCAAUGAGUUAUUAGCUCAAGGAGCUUUUUUCUUCUGUUAACUGUUUUUUUUUUAUUUGUUGAUAUUAUUGUUAUAUUUUUUUAAUUUUAAUACUACGAUACCUAUAAUUAUUGUUUGUUUACUCAAAACGCGUUAUGUUGACGAAAAAAAAGAUACCAAAGAAUACAAAAAGUUUCGAAUGAAACGAUUAUAAACUAGAUUUAUAAAGAAUCCAGUAAUAUAUUUAUUAAUUUUUAAAAAAACGGUGAUAUUUG